AUGGCCAGUCGUCCGCGGAACAUCAGUCUUCAUCUGAUCAGAACCAGCGACCAGGAACUCAUGCUCUACAACUUCACUGAAUGCUUGGAGACCUUUCAGUUAGAAAUAAACCACACUUCUUUGUACGGGCUAAAUGCAGAUAUGAUCUGGCCGCGCGUGACAACGCUGCGCAUUCAUGCCAGUGAGAGUUUCCAGAUAUCUCACCUCGCCCGUGCAUUUCCCAAUGUCCAACACUUCAAGUGCUCACACCCCCUUCCAAUGCUUCCGGAUUUGCAUCCACAUUGGAGCUACUUGGACGAAGUUGAUACAAGCAGUCCUAUCGAGCUUUACUCCCGUGUCCGCCGAAUUAGGUUCCGCUACGAUCGUGGAACAGAGCCGGAAGAGAACAAUCGUGUUGCGCUGGCCAUGUUGCAGCGCGCGUCACCAGUGAUACUCAAGUGCGAGGUACACCCAGAAGUUGUUGAGCGUAUCCCAGAGGUCGCACCUGACUUGAAGCACCUAACAAUCUUUCUAAGGGACGGUCGCGGUGAGCUAAUAGAUCUCGUUGUUUCGGCUCAGUCGCUGACGACCUCACGCGCUCUCCGCAAGCUUCCCCUCGUUGCACUUUCGGUUGGAUUGUGCACCCAGUCACCACUAUACGAUGUUCCUCGCCUCCGCGAUACUGCGCAACGGAUCGUGGUGGCGCUGCCGACACUGGAGUACAUCAGUUUUGAUACACUGGAUAGCCUGGGUUUCCCUCGUACCUGUUGCUGGUUCCGCGUAACCACCCGCGGUGUUUGCCUUCCCCAGCUCAACGUGCUAUCACAAGCCGAGAUCGGUGUGGUAGAGUCGGAGCUACUCUCGCUGGAUCGCGGAUGA